AUGACACUGGUAGUAAUCAGGCCUGGGGGUUUCGUUUCUGGCUCACAGCUGAGCAGCAAAACAAAACAUCAGCUGUUGGUCCCGGCGAGGCUCACAGAGACGAUGUUUGCGUGGGGAGAGGACUGCCAGCGUGGUUUCUGGCUGAAAGGAGACUCCAGCAGCGCAGAUGAAGGAGUCCAUCAUUUAAAUGUCGGCUACAACGUUGCGGACCUGUCGGCAGGUCGCAGCGUGCUGGCCUUCGUUAAAAGCAACGGGAACGCGUUCGUUUUGCGCACUCAUGAGAGCAAAGAUGGAAACAGAGUCAGAGGGAAACAGAAGUUUGUGAAAUGUAAGGAGAAGAUUGAGGCCGUGAGCUGUGAAGAUGAUGUUGUAACGCUGCUGUCUGAGAGAGGCUCAGUUUUCUGUGUGGACACGACUGACACUCCGUACACGCCCAGGAUUUUGGUUGCUUUCUCUAGCAUACCAGUGGUACAGGUUGCUUGUGGGAGCCAGCAUUCAGUUGCCCUGACAAAAGAGUGUCAGGUGUACACAUGGGGCCUUGACUCCAGGGGUCAGCUGGGUCUGGGGAAGAGAAGUUCAGGAGCCAGAUCUCCUCAACAUGUCAGAUCCCUGUGGUCCGUUCCCGUGGUCCGGAUCUCAGCAGGAGGAGACCAGAGCUUCGCCCUCUCCGUGUCUGGAGGCGUGUUCGGCUGGGGCAGAAACAACUGCGGACAGCUCGGACUGGGAGACACAAAAGACAUAUAUUCGCCCACUUGUGUCAGCAGUUUGAAUCUGAAGAAAACGUGUGACAUUUGCUGUGGAAAGGACCACACGGCCAUUUUGACUAAGCACGGGGCGGUGUUCACAUUCGGCUCUGGUCAGUAUGGACAGCUUGGACACAACUCCUCGCAAAAUGAACUCCACCCUCGACUUGUUGCUGAACUUUGGGGGGUGAAAGUUAUCAGGAUUGCAUGCGGAAGAUAUCACACAUUAGUUUUGACGGAAAGCCGUAAGGUCUACGCCUUUGGUUGUGGAGAGCAAGGUCAGCUGGGGAACAGAAGAGAAAGCAAUCCGUCUGUGCCGCUGCCUGUUCUUCUACCUCACGUUUCAGACUCAACUCAUCCCAAAAUUGGGACCAUCUUUGCUGGAGAAAACUGUUCAUUUGCUACCUGUUCUUCUGACGAGGACCUGAAGAAAAAUUUAGAUGCUAACAGAGUCAUCGAAGCAACUCAGCACGAUCUAGGGGUCAUGGUUGAUAACUGGACCUCCAAAUGUGACGAAAAGUCGUGGAAAAAGAUAAAACAGGAAAUCCGCAGAACUUUUUCAUCGGCAUCCUGUCUGAAUAAAAGCUUCCUUGUACAAAGAGAUAAACAUUUCCAGACCUCGCCAAAGUACCAUGGUCUGAACCUAAAACUGGCUCGACGGUAUUUUAAAAAACUGGUGAAGACGGAAGAUGUUUGGGAAGAGGUGGAAGCUGCGGUUCUGCAUUUGCUCCCCCUCCUUCAUAAGAACCCAGUCGGAGUGGAGUGUCUGAGGAUAUUUCUGCUCCUCAAUGAGCUUCUUCAUGUCAUCCAGAAAUACAGAAAGCAGAAUGACAGCCAGCUCGCUGAGAUGGUUGCCGCUGCUGUAACAGGCCUGUCGAGGAAAAGCCUUGAGGUUUUAGGAGAGUGGUGGUCGUCGCUGUCGCCAUCCAGCAUGGAGAGAUAUGUGAGCGUGUGGAAGCAAGCACUCUCUGAGAUUUUGUCCGAAGAGAACGCUCCUCGCAGUUCUGGUGUCAGAAACCUGCUUCAAGUCCUUCAGUACAUGUACAAUGUUAACAGCAGGGUUUCAGAGUCUCGAAGACUACCAGAAAGUUAUUUUUAUUUGUUAAUCAACCAGGACUUUCUGUUUGAUGAAGUGCAAAUAUGGCGUUUAAAAUCAAUGCGCAGGUACGUGCGUGCUGAGCCACUUGUACUGUGCAACUUCCCGAUUGUGAUGGAUCUACAAGCAAAGAAACUGGUUUUUGACACAAAUACAGAUCUCACCCGGGAGGAGUUUCAGUUGUCUAUUUUUGAUCAGUUUCUUAUGGACAUGUUUGCGGACUUUGGAUGGUGUUACCCUAACUCUCCGUUCUUGCUACUGAACCUUAACCGAGCAUCAGUGUUAAAGGGCACAUUCAAACAGCUGGCUGCUAUCGAUCCGAGAGACUACAAGAGGGAACUUGUGGUGUUUUUUGACGAGAACUAUGAAAUUGACAAUGUCUACAAAAAAGACUUUUUUCAUGAAGUCUUUCAUGAGUUGCUGUCUGCUGAAUCUGAGAUGUUCAUGUUCAAUGAUUCCCAAACACUGGCAUGGUUCUCCUCCAAAGCUUCACACGAGGACGAGCGUUUCUACCUGUUUGGGGUUCUGUGUGGACUGGCUUUGUACAACCACAUGAUCGUUUACCUGCCCUUCCCGCUGGUGCUGUUCAAAAAGCUGCUCGGCAUGAGACCCUCCCUGGACGAUUUGAAAGAAUUCAGCCCAAUCGUUGGCAAGAGUAUGCAGUGCAUCCUGGAUGAAUAUACAGAUGAAGACCUGGAGUACAUGUAUUUUUCAAUGCCCUGGGACGAAACUGAGGUGGCCCUUGAUCCUGAAAAUCCAGAAAAGCAACUGACUAGUGAAAACAAGCAAGAGUUUGUGGAUGCCUUUGUGAACCACGCCUUCAACGCCUCUGUGGAGAUUGCGUUUGCAGAGUUCAGGCGAGGUUUCUUCCAAGUGUGCGACCGGGAUUUGGUGAGACUUUUCAGGCCAAAGGAACUGCAAGAAAUCCUUGUGGGAAAGGAUUUCCACGACUGGGAAAAGCUGAAACAGAACACAGUUUAUGAGGGCGAGUACAAUGCCGACCACCCCAUCAUACAGAUGUUUUGGGAGGUUUUUGACGAGCUAACAGAGAAUCAGAAGAAAACAUUUCUGUGGUUUGUCACUGGAUUUGAACGGGUUCCUGUUCUUGGCUUGGAUACGAUAAAGAUGAAAAUCAAAGUUAAACACUUCCAGGAUCUCUCCCAGGACCAGUAUUAUCCUGCGACACACACGUGUUUCUCCACCCUGGAGCUGCCGCUGUAUUCAACCAAACAAAUCAUGCAAAGCAAACUAACAGAGGCGCUGAGCAACAAAAGGAUCAGUCAAUGCGUUUGAUUCGCCACAAUAACCUGACUGCAUCUUUACUGAGGGAUGGAGACCUUUUUUUAGUCACCAA